AUGGGCAGAAGUUUUGCCAUCUCCGUGGACAAUGCACCCAGCGAAGUGGAAGCAUUUACGGAGGGCAGUUUCAUCCAGCUCACAAUUUCGGAUCACCUGUUCAUCGGCGGCCAUCCCAACCCGGAUCACCUUUCUGCGCUGAUGCCCGACGCGGAUCGCCUUUCCUCGUAUAAAGCUGUUCUUGGACUCACGGGCUGCAUACAAAUGGUCCAUCCUGAUAAAAAUGACUGAUUUAGUUUGCGGCUAGUGCAUACAUAGAGCGGGAAGUCAAGAAUGAGAAUUGAAAACGCAAGAUCGUCUGCGUAACUAGAAAAUCGUGAAUAUGUGAAAAUGUCGAGCCCAAAGUGCCUAAUUAAGUAAUUAAGAAGGCUAUUCGAACACCGGCACCAUACCCUUGCCCGUCUGGACUUUUGGGCCCAGUCACUCGGCGUAUCGAUCUGACACUCCAUACCCUGCUCUCUGAAAUCACCAUCACACUUGUUAGACUGUCUGCUGGUUGCUUAAGCUGACGGUUUCUUAUGCCUAACGGCGGCCCAGGAGCUACAUUUAUGUUUCCGAUACUCAACCAAACUUCUUUUACCGCACGUUAACUUGCUGUACUAGAAGACAAGCAACACCAAUGGGGACCAGUGAUGACGUCGGGGAGCAAUGAGUCGGGAGUGGGAAGUCAUAUAUGCGGGUGGACACUUUUUAUCCUCAACCGGGGAAAAAAAUUGUAACUUGUGAUUAUACGCAGGACAGGGAAUUGCCAUACCAAAGUCUGCAAUCACCGUCGGAGGAGAACAGGACCUCCGUUUAAAGUGUUUUGAUAUCUGACUUUGGGUGCUCUAGAGGGAAAUGAGAGGGCUUUUGUGCAACGGUAGGGUGAAGGACUCCCAAUUAACCGUCAGUAGACUGUGGAUCGUCUCAUAUGAGGUGCUAUCUUGGCAUCCAUUUGCAGGCUGUGGCAGAAAUUACACUGCAGACGAAAAUUACUUCCCAUGACCCCAAACGGUUACUCAAACUCCGUUAUUGUUUGAAAAUUUGCUUCUUGUUCUGUUCAACUAACGCGCUCAUUUUCGUUGCCAUACGAAAGCGUACAAUAAGACUUCCGGCAACACUCCAUAUGACACGAUCCGCAGUCUACCAACAGUUGAGUUGGGUCCUUCGCCCUACCAUUGCCUGCUUUUACCUCUAGACAUCCCCUAUCUCACGCGAGAAUUUUAAUAAACCUCACAGCUUAACCGGUUGACUUUGUGGAUUUAGAUCAGCAUAGUUAUUCUUACAACGCGAAGGCCACAUACUAGUUGUCAUGAUAAGAAGCUCACGCGAUUUACUUUGAAGGCCUCCCUUUAAGAACAUCAAGUAAUGGCCUAUUUUCAAUGAUAUCGAAAAUAAGUUCCUAGCAUUUUUGUCGAUUCACUAUACCGCUCGUUGGAAAACCAACUCAUUGUUUGCUUGUUUGCAAAAACUAUAUGCGUGUGAAAGAAUGUGAGGUCCCUUGGAAAGACGGAGUUCCUUCCCCGAAGAUUCAUCUAGUUAGAAACAGAUGGUAAUCAGACAAAAUUUGCAGGAAUGGUGCGAUGCUCGAACUCCAGGGUGAGGAGGGGGGAAGACAAGAAUAGUACCCCCGGUCGGCAGGAUGGUGUAGACUGGCGGAUGGGAAGAGAGAGGUGGCGCCAUGAGCGAAGUCCUUCAGGCUGCUGGGAGACCGUGAGAUGUCCAUUCACUAAUGCUGCUUAUGAAGUAUACAACAUGGCGAAAAUCCAGUACAACAUUUUGUGGAAACUACAGGACGCCAUCUUAACAGCACAGAAAACGGAAAAACGGAAAAAGCGGUUUUCGAUCGGCAAUAUACAGUGGUAGGGGGGCGCUAACCGAUCGUUCUUACGGAACUCACUCGUUCCGUUGUACCUUAUGGACUCUCUCUCUCGAGCCCAACCAGCAGCCGCACAGCGGCGCAUGAUAUAGGCAGAACGAUAUUACCGACAAAGACAAGGGAAACCAGUCUCCCUUGUCAUGUCAUGCGUCUUAAUGGCCUUUGGUUUUAAAUUUUGCGGCCGGGACCGUGCCUAAUGUAGACAAGUACUAAUGCGAUUUCUUUCCUUGUCUAUACCUAGGUGUCAGUAAAUGGUCGAAUUCUGCGUCUUAUCAAGGAUGCAGUCAACGCGACUAACGUCGGCAACUGUGACAACCACAGUUGUGCCGCCAAGAUACCCACCUGUCACCCGCCAGCUGAGUGCCUGCCGCAAGGCUCCGGCUCCCUCUGUCUAUGUCAUUUAGGCUAUGCCGGAAAUGCCUGUCAGAAGUGUACGACAAGUUUACCCGUUAUUGUAAAACUCAUUCCAUGACUGUUUGAAAUUCCGUAUUUUCUAAAAUCUGCCAUUUUUCACCUUUGAAAAGCCAUCAGCGUAAAGGCGCUCAGUAAGCUAUUCUUUGAUGGAUACAGUUACUUGAAGUUCGUGGACUCGCACAUGCCCUCUCUGUGAGUCACUAUGUGUGCCUUUUAGCCUAUUUCUUUCCAAAAACAACAUGAAACUUAUCAAACAUCUACAUCUUGAACCUUCUUCCGCAAGAUUUAUGAAGGACAAAUUUACACUCGAACUGACCCUGGAACCCCGAAUGCUCGCAGCAAGGCAAACUAAUGACACGAAGCGAAUCCUCCUCUUCUUGCGUGCCCGUAAUGCAGGGGUGGCCGUUCACGUGUCGCUGUCGGUGAUACAAGACUGGUCGUUGGAAUUGGAUGUAGUACAGGUUUUCUCCUCCAGACUUGUGCAGGGCCCAUCUCUGCAGACGUCACUUUUUCCUCGCCGACAGAGUAUGCGGAAGUCUACCAAACUCAUAGCUCAUAAUAUACGGACUGUCACUCUCAAAAGGUGGGUAUUAUGGAUUUUUCAUGCGCACUUGUCUGCGCGUGCACCUGUUUGCUGGCAGGACCCAUGAUCUGAUCGGUUCCUGACUUUAUGAAAUUCAUAGUUAUUUAGUUUACGCCUUCCAAUCAGACGUCAGAUCGAGGGAUACUUUUGUCUAGUUGGUAUUCCAUACCCAUUUCUGCACUUAAUCAGUCUUCGCCGUGGUGAUGUAAGAUGGUUUGAAAAAAGAUGCUAUCACUAAUUUUUCUUCGCGGCUUCUUCAGUAAGUAAAGUUCCUGACUAAACAGGAGUUUUUUGGUUAUAAUUUCUCCGCAGAGUCAACACUGUCACAUGCUUCGAAGGCAGCAGAAUCCACUUGCUGUUAACCGAGUUACAUUGAUGGGUUUGGGUCAUUCCGUAAUGCAUGUUUAUGUCUUUUUCUAUCCGACCUCUCGGCUGGGCAGUCAUAAGAAACGUGACUCGCUAUUGUCUUGAAAAGGUUGUACUGGCGAUUUUGCAUGAGUUUGCGUGCAGUGAAGUGCGUCAAAUCCCAUAAUUAGCUGGCUAACAGGCUUCGACAGUCGAGUUAUGAAACACGAGCUGCCCUGAUAAUAAACCUGGAGUGGGUACCAAGUCGCGUGUGGCGCGCGGCUUUAUCAGUCCCUUUGCCCGAGUUCACCUCUGAUAUUGUUAACAUUAUCAUACCAUCGGGUGAAGGAGAAAAGAAUGCGGUAAAUACUGGGCAUGUCUCACUAUAAACUGAUUCACAGAUAUGUCGGCGUCCUGCGUCACAUGUUGUAGCGCACAGGGUGGAUGUCGUCGUUCGCGACGAUGAAACUUACUUUCACCGGUGGAGUAGACGUUUGCGGCAAUUACUUUUGAUACACCACCCACCGUGUUUCAAUGUCGUCGUGUUGGCUUCGGAGCUGCUAAAGCUAGUAUAAUGAGGAGUGCUCUGAACUAACAUGAAGAAGGGUUUCUGAAGAUAGCACUCGCUGUCUAUUUCUUCUCCCAGUGCACCGGCAACCUGUCGGAGCCUUUCUGUUGAGUAGUGCUGAGAUCGGGCGCAUCGGCUGGCAUGGCGUGAGCCCCCGUCUAACGCGUUGACCAAGUGUUCACCGCAACACUUAUCUACUCGUACGGACUUAGUGAAGCCCAACUGACGUAUAUCAUGAAAUAAUGUGGUCCAUGUUUUAAUCGAACGCAAUAGGGGGCACUGUUCGUAUGAAGAAGCAGCUUCAUAAUGACACACCUUACGACAGUAAAUGUUUCAUUGUCAUUCGUCGUUACGUGAUAAACAUUAAGAGAACAUGAAAUGUAAAAAGCCCCCAAGUGACUUCUGUCCGUUCGUCUUUACCGGGGGGCGGUCGAUUCAGCUUUAAUGGUGACUUGGAAAACAAUGUUGGUAUGAUCAUGAGCUUCUAAAAAGCUGCAUUUGUCUAAAGACUUAACAAGUAAAACAAGUUGAUGAUCACAAUACAGAUAUAAAAGAGACCUUUCCGGUUUGACUGAAUGUCAUACUUUUCCCCGAAUGCAGUCGCGUAAAUAGGAUCUGAGACAUAGUCCGGUUGGCAAGUGAAAAAGCACUAUCAUGACCAGCGCCAACCAUGACACAGAACCUCUCAGUUUGCUCAGGUACAAUUCGAGUAAUAGUUCAUGAGAUUAGCUCAGAGAAUUUCGAGAGUCUACGAGUGCUAAGUUAGUGCCUGAACUAGUACUGAGGGUAAAGUCACGCUACAGCUUUUUCUGUUAUAACACGCCUUUAUAUUCUCGACUUUCAACUGGAAUUUCCUAUUGUUAGCAGCCUUGUAGUGUUUUCUUUAAUAGUUCUGUGUAGAUAUUUUAUAAAGCACAGUCGACUUUUUUCCUCAAGGAACGGCAACCUAUAUGAACUCCAAGUUGGGACAAAGCAGGUUUCCCGACUGACCCUACAGCCUCUCAGUCCAGAACCAUACUUUUUCUCGGAGGUAUUCGUCGGUAAGUUUUUCUAGAAGGAACAUUUUAAAUGGUGCAUGUCACAAGGGUAUUUUGCCUGCCCAUCAUCAAUGGAGACGCCUCCAAUGAGUUGUCCGUAUUUAAGCUUUUUGUCCAAUGGCAAUCACACAGUCUAUCCUGUGACUUUCUAUUCCGAGGUCCACCUGAAAUGUUCUCACCAUGGCUCAAAAAAUGAAGGCGGCAGAAAAUAACAUAGUUUUUGAAGUUCAGUCGGAUUCCAGUGGUCUUAGGAAGACAUUGCGUCGAGUGCUUGUGGGCCAUAAUAGUUCCUAACCACCAAGCGAUCCUGUACACUUUAACUGGGGUUUAACAUUUACGUUCUGCUCGCCUGUUCACCAAACGGGCCAUUCCGUUCGCCAGAUUUGCUCUAGUGAAUUAUCAGCUGCGCUGUUCCCUAUUUCCACCUCGGAAACUAAGACAAAACCAAUGUGAUGGUGCAGGUCAUGACAGCCAAUCUAUCAUUCAAGACAACUUGGAAAACCGCUGGUAAGUAAAGGGCCACUUCCCCGCGCUUGUCCACUCACAGUGUCUUCAACCUGUCAGCAUUGACAGAAUUGACAAGUGCAGUAGGAUCACCUAGGUGGCGUUGUAAGAUUGAUUAUCAUGCGGUACCAUCGUAAGACAUUUCAGACGCGACAGGAUGCCGGCUUCUGAAUGAGAUUAUUCCCGGUCACCCGCAAAAACCACGCUCAGUAAAAAAAAGUAACCAGUGAAGUUAUAUGGGGUCUCUUCACUGGUUUUCGAUGAACUUAUUAAUUUGAAUAGAUUUCAUAGAAAAUGUACGCAAAAGUGCUGUUUCUUGUACUUACUUGGUAGCCUCAUAUUUUAUACUUGAAGAGGUGUCUUUGUGUUUAAAAAGGGGGGGGGGUUUCAAUUCCAGGAAAAAUUUAGGGUCCGACCUCCAGUUUUACUCGCGAUCUGGGUUUCUAAACUACAUGCCGCAUAUUUUGCGAGAACAGAACAUCAUUAGUUUCUCUGUGUUAUUAAAAAUACGUCAUUCAGGGCAGACAAAAGUAGACAAAUAAUGUGGAAGUGUUUUACACUGUAUAGGCAAGUGUACAUUAACUAUAAACUAAUUCACGCACAAGUCACCGUUCCUCCUCCACCUUGCUGUGGGCAGGGACGGUGGGCAUCGUUGGCAACGGCGGUUGAAUUAUAGGCAACACCGACAAACACACACAUAUCAUGCUGUAUGAAUGAACGCUCCAUGCUCUCGAAAAACCUCAUAAUUGCAGACUUUUAAACAAAAAGGCGCCCUUUUCAAACAUAAAAUUUGAAAAAGACGAAUUUUCUAGCAAAUUAGUGCAAAAAAACAAUAUUUUUACACGCUUUGAUAAAAUAUACUUGAAUUUACAAAGGCCUCUGAAAUCAAUGGGCAAAAUGGACACGACGUCAGUAGUUCUUUUUCACAAUGUGGUCUUAUCAGGUUACCUCACACAUGCUUGUUCAACAAACGGCACCCUAUCGCGGCUGAAAUAUCUUGGGACCACGCUACACGAUAGUAUUGCCCUGUUACCCACGAAUUCCUUUCUAGUCGGAAACAUAGUCUAAAAGUCUGAUAUGAAUUUCAUAAGAUGAAUCACCUACUGUAUUACCGGAAGCGCCAAGAGAGACUACAAUGACUGGGAGACUGAGGGUCAGGCUGCAACUAUCCCUUAAACUGACCUUGAUGGCACGAUCACUGAUUUAAGAUCCGAGGUUCCCAAAAGUGGUCUGUUAAGCGUAGUCAGAACCAGUUCUUGUGUGGCACACGUAGAAGGGCUAUUUAACCGUUUUAACUAGUGUAUCCCAGUCCACCUCCGAUCAUCUUGUCACUGUCUUGACAUCGGAGCCAAGUGGGUGUGAGAGGAAAGAGAGUGCAGUAGGCCUGCUUCAAGGUAAACUAGUCCACUCGCAAGUCACCGGUACUGUUCCCAUUCCGUGGGACGUCGUUUAUGGUGACGGUCGAAUUGUCCUUGCCUUGACGCAAGAGCACAAAGGGGAGUCCACUGAACAAGUCAGGUGAACGAUCAAACGCAGGCACCCUGAAGAGGAGUAGACCUCUAAUUUCUCUGGAUCUGUGAACACCAUGGUCCAGGCUUUAUUUGAAAUAAGCUCCUACAAUGUCUCACCAACAGCUCGAAAACUUCGAUUUUCUGACGAUCCAGUACAUUGACAGACAAGGGUCUUUUGGUAAAGCUAUAGAGAACCCGAUUUAUAUCAAGUAACUUGAGCCACUACUUCCCAAAUUUGACAACCCCCGAUUUCAAUAUCAAAGGUCAAACUUCAAAGCUAUCACGCUUAAGUGAACCGUCUCCCGGACCCGAGUCACUUUAUUCCUUUCAAUUGGACUUUUUGGAUAGUUGUCACCUCUCUAGCUCAGAAACAUCGAUAAACACGGCAGUUGCAUUACGCUCGUUGCGUUCUCUGUCCGGUUGCUCCCUUCGACUAGUAACACUCCUGUUGACCUAUCGAGCAGCGACCCACCAGUGUACGGACUCGUGAAAACCCAAGCUGGACAUCAAAUGAAGACAUACACCUGCGCAACAUAUGAUUAUAACGAAAAUAGCCACGAAAAGGCAUACUUUUUCAACGGUGAUCAUGAGAAUAAUUUAACAACCUUGUUAGCGCCUUCUCAUCUAUUAAUAAAUAAAGAAAGACUGAUGUAAACUGGGAGUAAAUUAGUAGAAGACAGGACGAAAGACAGAAAUUUACCUCCAACACAAAAAAUGGAACGACUCUUACGCCCGUAUAUGAUCAUCGCUCGCAACUGCCAUAUCUCAUCUAGCGGAACUCUGAAUAAAUUUGGACACCUCUUGGACAAAUUAGCUUCUAAUAACCUGGUCAUAUGCGAAUAACCUAGCCUGUUAAGUAGGGCGCACCAGAAGACGCGUAGUUUGCAGGUAUUACUUUGCUUUUUUCUUGGCUUCCAACGGUACCACUCAUCUCCCUAAUCAAAGUUUUAAUUCUCUUCCAGGUGGACUGGAUAUUCAAACAACAAGCAAACUGCACUACAUGGAGCAGUUUCUCAUCGAGAAAAACAGGUUCAGCCCCUCGCGGUUUGGAAGAGGUUUCCGAGGUUGUAUAUUCGGUAUUAAGUUUGAUGGCGUAGCCAUCACUGCCACCAAUGCAACAGACGGUCGAAACAUUAGUGAAUGUACCGAAGAGAAUCAUUAA